UGUGAUGCUCGUCCCAUCCCCGUUCCCAAAUCUGCCUCGAUUCCAGAGACGAUUCUCAAGGCCGCAGAGACGAAGCACGGACUGCCACUGUCUUGUCUGUUGCGACGUCUCGGCGCUUUCUGCGCCGCAUCCGCGUUAACGCCUCGAGUCCGCCACGGACAAGAGCAAUCUACCCCAAAGCUCCCAUACAUCGCCACCUCCCGCGGGCUUCCCUCUUGUUCGCAUGCCGUCAUAGCUGCUGAUCGUGACGCUUUGUCCUAUCUUCAGUCUCUCUUGACCGAGCUCGGAAAGCUAUUUUGGUGUUCUUUGCGUUGCGUACUGCAACAAGCGCUUCCCGUGGUUGGUGGCUGUGAAUGGCGCGCGCCUUUUCAAACGGCCUGUCCUUGGAUUCCUUGGUGGCCGGGCAGACUUGACUCUCCUUCCAAACCUCUUGUUACUUUCCACGAAUACUAUCCUUUUCUCUCCAACAUCUUCGAGCCUGUGGGAGACUGCAAUCCAUCCACUGCAGCUAAACAGUCAUAAAAUGAUUACCGGUGCCUAGCUGCGUGUCUUCAAGAGUUUUGCUUGACUUGCCGCAAAAAACCCUUCGCGUACGAGAGUCGCAAAAGCCAAGCGUUUACAGCUCCACGCCAGAGUUGAGAGCCACUACGAUGUCUUCAACCACCAGCACAGCUUAUGAUACGAAAAGCUGGUCACACCACGAUCAAAGCAGUACUCCUGGCAUGACAGCGAGCUCAAGUAACUAUGAUCAAGAUCCGUGGCAUGGCCAAAUGCUCGAUACCAUGCCCAAUUCAACGUAUUAUUCUCCCUCGCUGUAUGCGCAUUCAGAUGUACAGAUGUAUCGCCACCAAGGCGCCACGUUCGGCUCCUCCGCUUUACACCCCGCAUCAAGCCUAUCACCAUCAACAGCGCACGAAACAUUCAGUUCCUCGGAGUAUGCAUCUGAUGCUCCAGCGCUUGCCGAUGCAAUAAGCGAUUACGGCACGCCGAGCUUCGACCACAGCUUCUCAGAUUUUAACAGCUCGCAGAUGAUAAACACUAUUACAACCUCGAGUCUAUUAAGUUCUCAAGGACCAGCAGCUACGCACUCACAAGCUGUUUCGCUUGAUCUAGGCGCUGAAGCUCCCGGUCUUAUUACCGAUACCUCUGCCAUUGCUUCUGAGCACGCUCAGCAACAACAACAAACAAUGCACUCUACCGCCCAAAAUCUUCGCGCUAAAGUGGCCCCUCUUCCUUUGCAGCCCCAGCUUGUUGUAACGAUUGACGAGUAUGAAGAUGGUCUUGUCCAUGACAGCGAGCCAAGACAACAUAUUCGCCGUCGCAACAGCAGUAAGGCCCACCUAUCCCCUUAUCCUGAUGACGAAUUAUUCGAUGAAGAAGAGAAUGGCCAUCAGCCGACACCUGAAGCUCUGGAACCAACCCAAAACCAGCCCGUGGGCGCCCAUAGCAUAGCCCAUAAUGGUCAUCGCGCAGGUUUGGCCCCAAGUGAUCGCGCUAUCUUAAACUCGAACGAGAUACCUUCCUUGGAUGAGCUCGAGAAGCAACAGCGAUUGGACGAGAGAAAUGCUGAGGUGGAGGACUGGCUGAGCAAUAACGAACUUGGAAGCAGUGAGGAACUCAGUCCACAAGCUCUUCCUAGCCGCAGCAAGGUCAAGCCGAGGCCUCGAGCCAAAAGCACGAAUGACAGCCCCCACAGCAGUUAUGGUGGAUAUCUUUAUCACGGCUUGCACAGUCUUCCUGCUGUUCCAGGUCCGGGUUUAACUAUUAACGUCCCAAGCGAAAUGGAUGAUGACGAAGAUUACGAGGAUGAUAGCGAACCGGAUUCUCCCCCAGCGAGCGUCAACCCUUUUGAGUCGGAAGCAUACUUUUCGUUACCGGGUCAGUUUGACGCGAUCCAGUAUUUUAGCUCCAGUAGAGAUGAGACAAACAUGUCAAGUGACCCUCUGGAGAAAGCCGUUGCAGGAAUCACAGCAAAUAUUGCUAUCAUGAGAUUUCGACAGCGCGCGAAAGAUAUUGAUAGCGCAUCCGUUACGGCCACUCUUGGCUCUCGAAGGAUGAGUGAAUCUGAUGUUGGAAGCAUUCGUGGUGCAACAGGUAUAUCGAAACUUUUGCUCAGUCCGCAACAAUCGGAGAGAAUACCAGUGCGACGCAAGAACAGCUUCCUCGAGAACUUCCUUCCAAGUCGUAACAACAGCAACAAACUUAAAAGAAAAAGCAGCCAUCCGGUCGAGCAGGCUGAGAAUGCAAGUUCGGGAUCAGCGUGCUCCCCUAAGGAUGGACAGGGUCCAUUCGCUGCACCGAAACGUAUCGGCAGUUUUGGCCGACCCAAAACGCCAAAAGUUGACACGAGCGUGUCGUCGCCAGCCAAUGAUGCAAGGUCACCCAAAGCAGUCGCCUCAGCAGCAUCUGGCGCGAUUAAGCAAAUUUGGCGGAGCAGAAGUCGCAGCGAUCUAGGAAGGUCGCCUAAGAUGGGACUUGCAGAACUCAUGACGCAACAUGGCGGACCCCCAAUGCCCACUCUUGCCUCGCCACUUCAGCAUCGAGCUGAACCAGCGCCUCAAGUUGCUCCGCCAGCUGAUUAUGAUAGUGAAAACGAGGAUACGGGAGCUUCCGCGGAUGGACUGACCAUGAACUUGUCGGUACGAACCGACAUGCAUAUCAUUCCGACAUAUGACGGCUUCAAAUACAAUGCACGACAACUGAAUCCAAGACUUGCAGAUUUCCUCCUUGACAGAAUCGCACAGGAGCAAGUGAAAAGAUAUGAGCGGUUAGUCAGCUUGAAGACGAAUCAUGCCCAAAGUGUUGCAUUAGGUGUAUGUUCGUCCAAGGCAUUCUGCCUGCUAUCUGGAGGACAAUCCCAAGAUCUACCGCCGCGACCAGGAAACAAAGAAUCAGAAAAUAAUUUGGUCAGCUUUCAGAUCGUUCGCCCUGGAAUGACAGACGAUGAUCUAGGUGCUGGAAAUGUCGGCCAGAACGUUGUUGCUGCACAAUUCCCAACAGGCGUGCUGCUUCCCCCCGUAAACCGAUUGCCUGCUGAAUUUGAGUGCCCAUUAUGCUUCCAGGUUAAGAAGUUCUAUAAACCAAGCGAUUGGACAAAGCAUGUACAUGAGGAUGUACAGCCGUUCACCUGCACAUUUCGACAAUGCAAUGAGCCAAAAUCUUUCAAGCGAAAGGCUGACUGGGUGCGACAUGAAAACGAGAGGCACCGGCAACUUGAAUAUUGGGUUUGCAGUGUUCAGGAAUGCAACCAUACAUGCUACAGAAAAGACAACUUCGUGCAGCAUCUUGUACGCGAGCACAAAGUACCUGAACCAAAAGUACGCACUGGACGCGCCGGCGGACAAAAAGGGCACCUGGAAAACGCACAGAACUGGCAGAGCCAGUCAGCAUUGUCUGGAGAUGGUGUAGAAGACGUCUGGGCCUUGGUAGACAAAUGCCACAGGGAUUCUUCGAAGCAACCCAAAGACGAGCCGUGCAAAUUUUGCGGCAAUAUCUGCACCAGCUGGAAGAAGCUGACAGUACACUUGGCAAAGCACAUGGAACAAAUAUCUAUGCCAAUUCUUCCCCUUGUGGGGUACAAGAAAACGACCGUUGAGCACGCAAGGAAACAGGCUCAGAACAUACGGCAACCGGUGUCUGUAUCCACCAAACCCCUAGAUGAACUUCCCACUUUCCUCUGCGACGAGCCCAUGUCCUUGGAAACGGAGCCGCAGAGUGUAUUGAGUGUUGACAAUUGUCUUAUUUCUCCCGCCAUGCAUAGCUACCCGCCAAUAACCAUGAACAUUCAAGCCCAGAUGGCAACUACACAAGCAGAACUAGCCACAGGCAGCCUAAGCAUGGUAGGCAAUUCCUAUCCUCCGCCUUCAAUUCAGUCGCGAUCCAGAGCCUCGUCGUAUAACGAGCCGGACUUCAUGCGGCCGGGAGCGACUUGCUCACCAGGAAGUGCUCAGGAUCGAAACUUAGUUUCCGCAGGUCCAACGCAGUAUGACAGUAACGGAAAUCGGCAGAUGUAUUUUCCACAAGCCUCUGGGAUUUUUAUGCAAGAGCCUCUCGCAGCGACCAACGUCUAUCUUACGCCAACGAGCAAUACCCCUGCUAGCCUCGGUUACUCACCGGAAGGCAGCACCCACAGCCUUCAUCAGACGUACGGGUUGACUGGAUGACUUACGAUAUGAAUGACGGUUGUAACUAGAGUCUAUCUUUGGGUUCAUUUAUUAGUCCCUGUAUGAUUUUUGUUCCAUCGAAUAUUAAAGUUUUUCUCCACCAAGCAGGGUUGGGACUCUUGAAGCUAUGUGAUGUCCUGUAGGGUUAGGAAAAUCCCGAACGUAUUUUUCUACGUGCCACA